AUGGAAUAAGUGUAUUCGAUUGGCGAAUCAUUCACAUCAUAUAUAGGGAAUUUCUAUGAUCAAAGGAUACUCAUCUCGAUUUAUUUGUUGUUUCCAAUAAUUUUAUUAUUCUUCUUUCUCAGUCUUAGAGAUUUGGAAAGACUUGAAAAUUAGGAGAAAUAUGACAUGACACAUUCUCAGUAUUAGCCAAAUAUUUACAAUAAUUUGGUCUAUUAGUGGACUAAGUAAGGAAUUGAAGAUUUGAAAAAUGAUUAAUAAUAUAUUAAAUGGUAAUAGCAAAAAGAGAGAGAAUUAGAGCUGAGAUCAUAAGAAUCUAGCAAAUUAUCACUUCGAUAAUAAUAAGAAUGA